CUAGUCACCCUAGUGGUCACUAGUGACUAGCGUAACUCUAGUAACUCUACUCCAGAUCUUCUAGUCGAUCCUUUCAACUUGUUAUAAAAUAAGAUAAAGAUGUAGAUCUCUAGAAGAUAGGAUAUCUUAACUACAUUCAAGAUUAUUGUUCUAAAAUAAUAACUGAAAACACAUGAUGGCUACAAAGAGAAAGCCCUAUGCGAAGCAUGAUUCUGAUUCUAUUAGUUCUGCUAUUCAGUACAUCAAAGACAAAGGCUUUUCUAUAAGACAAGCCUCCAAGAAGUUUAACAUUCCAUCAAGCACUCUGUAUGGCAAGCUAACAGGGACAUCACCCAUUGGUCCAACAAAUAAGUGCCUUUUAACAACACAAGAGGAAGAGAAGCUGGUGAAGUGGCUAGUUCAUUUGGUGAAUCAUGGCUUUAGAAAGAAUUACGGCGAGGUGCGGGCGGCAGCACAGGCCAUGAUGGCUGCCCGAAACGCAUAUUCCCGAAGCCACGAUGGCCUCCCCACUUCAAUGUGGUUCUAUAGCUUUUUGACGAGACAUCCUGAACUGUCAUCGUUGCGUAAAAAAAAAGCCCUUUCAACUGAAAGUUAUAUUUUGGAAUGGUAUUCAGCUUUUAAAUCUUGUCUUGAUGGCAUUGAUCCUGCCAUUUUAGAUAACCCUGCAAGAAUAUUCAAUGCAAGCAAAAUUGGCUUCACAUUUGACCCUCAAAGUAAAAAGGUGAAAGGUUGCAUAGGAUCAAAGUCUGUGUCAGCCAGAACACAGGUCACUGUGCUUGCAUGUUCCAAUGCAGUAGGGCGGUACAUCUCCCCGCUACUUAUCUACCCUCACUAUGUCUCCUCCAAAAUUGUCUUGGAAUCCUUUCCUGAGGCUGCGCUCCAAGUGUCAGAAAAUGGAUGGAUUAGUUCCAACAUAUUUUUUUCAUGGCUCCAAGACACUUUCCUACCAUUUACAAACAAUCUCCCAAAGCCUAUUCUCCUUCUUGUGGAUGAACAUCCUUGUCACACGUCCCUGAUUGAGAUUUCUCAGCUAUGUUUGGAACACCAAAUUAUUUUGUACGGUCUCCCUCCUCAUUCCAGUCAUCUUAUACAGCCCUUGGAUCUGGUAUUUUUAAGUGCUUUGGAGCGGACAUGGUCUGGUGCAACCUUGCAGCAUGCUGACUCUGAUGGUGUAAAGCUAGAGGCAUUCGCUAAAGUGUUAAGACCUGUCUGGAGAAAAGUAACCACACAUAAAGCAGCGUUGAAGAGUUUUAAGGCUGCAGGAAUCUAUCCUUUUGACCCAGAAAAAGUUGUAGGCUCUGGAAAGUUGAGCUCAAUUGAGGAUCGGCAAGCAUCCUCAGAAGAUGAUGACUCUGUUGUAAGUGCUCACCAAAACAAAGAAUCUUCAAAAUCAAUUAUAGUGCCGACACAAUCAUCUGCCAGUCCUCAUUCUUUGAGCCCUAGUGAUGUCCCACCUUCUCUGUCCACCUCCCUUAAUGUCACACCACUUCCAUUCAUCUCACUAAAUGUGACGCCUUGUUCAUCCGCCAGCCAUGAUUGUUCACCAUUUCUAUCACCCUCGAAUAAUGUACAACCCCAGACCCAAGCUGCACCUAUAAAAAUGAAUUCCCAACAAUUGAAAGCCAUUAAAGAAUAUUCCUUUUUCGUGGUUGAUGAAAUGUCUCGCGAUCAGCUCGUGAUGUUUUUGUCACAAUUGGCCAAUCCCCAACCCCAAGAGUUCCCUAAUCCCCUCACUGAAAUUCAGUUUAAGAAAUUCAAAGAUUUGUACCUCUCCCUUGUAAGAUCCUAUGAACUGAACAAAGAACCACAACCAAAGACCUCAUCUGACGAAAGCCUGAAAAUGCCUUCCUUGGUAGGAAAAAAGAAGUCAGAGACAACAAGACCAGCUUCACCAUGUCCUGUAAAUGGAGAAGAAGCUUUGAAAAGAAAAAUGGUAGUGGAAGAAGAAGUAGAAAAGAAGAAAUUCUGCAAAAAACUGGAAAAGGAAGAAAAAAAAAUGAAGAGAAAGAAAAUGAAACAACACGAGAAAAUGCUUCGGGAAAAAGACAAAAUAGAACGCCAAAAGAAAAAAAACAAACAGACCGAAAUAAAGCUGGAGCCAUUCUCACAAACUGUGGAAGACAACAACUGUGAGAAAGACCCUGUCAUCAGAAGACUGGUAGAUAAGGAACUGACUGUUAUCAAGGAGGACUACGAGGACCUCUCUCAUGACAGUGAGAUAAAUACAAAAUGUUUAGGCUGUGGGAUGAGGGACGGUAGAGAUCUAACGGUUAAGUGCCAGGUUUGCGAUGCUUGGUGGCACGCAGGCUGCACGCACAUAGCGAAUAUUUCAUGCGCAAUAAAAUUACAAGAUUUUUGUUUUGUGUGCAGCAAGUGUUGCCCUAAUUCAUAAAUGGACUUUUAAUUAAAUAAGAGUUCCUAGACAUUUCUGCAACUUAAAUUCUGUAAAUAUGUAUAUAUAUUUUUUUGUCAUGCACAUACAUUUUCUUUUUAAUCGUGCAAACAAUAUUUGUGAAAAUAUUUUCUGUUGCAUUAUGUAAAUAAUCCAUGAUUAUCUGUGCUUGAAAAGUUAUCAGUAUGAAUCUGUAUGAUUGUUUGAGUUUUUAUGUUCUGGUUUCUGAUUAUUAUAUAUUUUGUUUCAGAUGUAAAAUAGGGCAAAUCAUUUAAGAAUAGAAGAUGUGGGAAAUGUUUGGGCUGUUUUGCUUUGUGUAACUGAGCACUUUAAAGGCAGCAGAGAAACCAUUUUCUUAGAUAACACUUGCCCUACACCCCCACCCCUGCUAACAUUGCUACAAUAGAAAUUGGACCAUAGAAUGAUAGAUGUGGCUGAGUAGUUAAGUGCUUUGGGUUUGAAUCUUUGUGAAGACGGGUUUUUGAAUUUCAGGAUUUUUAAAUCGCCCCUGAGUACACCCAGCUCUAAUGGGUACCCGACUUUAGUUAGGGAAUACGUAAAGGCUGUUGGUCGUUGUGCUGGCCACAUAACACCCUGCUCGUUAACCGUUGGCCAUAGAAACAUUAUCUGCCUCAUAGAUUUGCAAGGUCUGAAAGGGAAACUUUACUUUUUUUUCUAUCACAGUGCUUGAAAUAAAUUUUAAUGGUUUAAUCUGAAAUCAAAAUAAUAAUACAUUCUUUUAAAAAAAAAAUAUAAAAGAUUUGUAAACUAAUAUUUGAUAUUUGCUACUACCAUUAUAUAGAGGAGGUUCUCUAGUCAUGGUAACUAUUUAAAUCUAGACCUAAUUUACAGAUGUCUUAUAAAUCUAGAAGUAGCACUGACACUUAACAUAAUACUUGUUCAACUGGUUUUAGAAAGGAAAGAUGUAUUGAUCUUAGGAUGUGUUGAGUGGAUGUUUCAAUGCGUGGAUGUAUUGCUGUGCUGAGGUGUGGAUGUAUUGAUGUGUGGCUAAGUGGCAUGAACUCCUUGAUUACCUGACUGUGGCUCAUGAUCAAAUCCACCUGUAGACUAGAAUUUGUAUUUUAAGAUUUGACUCUGACUGGGUUGUAUUUAGAAGAGCACCCUAAUACUGCAUGGAAUUAUUAACUCAGACUCUGGUAUAGCAUAGUAGGGGGAUAUAACUCUAGGCAAGAUACCAUUUGGGAAGGAAGCCAACCAGAAAAAAUGUAUGGUAAAAUAGUUGCUCAGGGGACAAAAAUACCUAAGUCCUAAAUGUAUCCUCUGUCUUUCCAUUUCUAAGGGGAGCUGAUUGGCUGAUUUCUCUUUAAAAGCUUGAUCACUUGGUGUGAUACAGGUCUAACUUGAUGUUUCCAUUUAUAAUCAUGAAGCAUUCAGUUUGAUUGAUCUUGUUAUUUAUUCGAAGUUUGUUUUGUAAUACAUAUAGAUGACAUUUUUGUAUCCAGACUGUUAUUGUUAAGGAAAUGAAAAGUUAUGUUUAUAUUAAUAUAACAGAAAGAAUGGUUUAAAAUGAUGAA